UCGCUCUGGAUAAGAGCGUCUGCUAAAUGUAAAAAAAAUUAAAUUAAAAUAAAUGUAUUUCAUUGCAGAAGAAAGAGCCAUGCAUAGAAAUGUGGGGAUUUAACAUGCAGGUCUGAUAUAAAAUGCAUUUAAUGUUUUCACAAUGUUUUUUUAAUACUGUAUAAUUUGAUUAAAUCAAACAUAUCAAAACAUUUCACAGAUGAUACAUUUGACACAUUUAGUGCUAUCAACACAGGGCAGGGUGAGUGAUAAGGAAGAGAUGGGGUGAUACAAUGCUUGGUUGACAGUCACAUAAAUGUUUGAUGCCUUCAAUCAUAUGUUUCUUGCUGAUUUAUCGGAAAAAGUCAUGUCAUGACAAGAAGGCAGAAGGACCGGUUUGUCUAAAGCAAUUGUACUGGUUCAAGCUACAGCACAGAUAAUGUAAUGGCGUAAAUUCAAGCUACAGCACAGAUAAUGUAAUGGCGUAAAUUCAAGCUACAGCACAGAUAAUGUAAUGGCGUAAAUUCAAGCUACAGCACAGAUAAUGUAAUGGCGUAAAUUCAAGCUACAGCACUGAUAAUGUAAUGGCGUAAAUGGAGCUAUAUCUUGAGCUUGCUAGCCAUGUACCUGCAAGUUCAGCGCGCUAAUAGCUAGCUAACCUUAGCUAGUUAGCCAGCCAAUUAAAGCAAUGGCUUGAUUACAGCAUUUAGCUAGCUAACAACAGAGACCUAGCUGCUAGUUCAGCUAUGAAUAGUUGCUCAUUGCAAACGUGAAUUUCCGACAUGUGGUGCACGUAUUUGAACAUUUAUACGACUUGCAUAAAUUGACGCUUCACCUCUCGUCGAGCGAACCCCCCAAACACAAUCGGCCACAAAUGGAACCAGGGAGCUCGUGUGAAAGUCCAUCCGGCUCUGGGGGUCCCGAACCGGCGGACCUACGCGAAGAGACCCCCGGCGAAGAGGCUGAGGAUGGGGACAACAGCAUCCUGAGAGGAGGAAAGGCAGGUGGAGGGAACGAAAACACUCUGGACAACAUGAAAACAGAAUGUGAGGAUGAUGGUGUUACUGGGAAAAAGAUUGAGGCUGCUGCUGAUGAAGAAGGCAAAUAUGAAGAGGAAUUGGACCCUAGAAUUCAGGACGAGCUAGAGCACCUAAAUCAGGCCAGUGAUGAGAUCAACAAGCUGGAACUGCAACUGGAUGAUGCUAGGUCCAGCUACAGGAGAAUCCUCACUGACUCAGCCAGGAAGCUCAAUGCUCAAGGCUCCCAGCUAGGCACCUGCAUCGAGAAGGCCAGGCCCUACUACGAAGCCCGCAGGCUAGCCAAAGAGGCCCAGCAGGAGACGCAGAAGGCAGCGUUGCGGUACGAGAGAGCCGUCUCCAUGCAUACGGCUGCCAGAGAGAUGGUGUACGUGGCAGAGCAGGGCCUCCUGGCGGACAGGAACACUCUGGACCCCACCUGGCAGGAGAUGCUCAACCACGCCACCUCCAAGGUGAACGAGGCAGAGGAGGAGCGGCUGUGGGGUGAGCGGGAGCACCAGCGGGUCACUCAGAUGUGCCAGGAGGCAGAGCAACGCGUUCAGACCCUCCAGAAAUCCCUGAAGAGGUUCAUCGUCAAGUCCAAACCUUACUUUGAGCUGAAGGCUCAGUUCAACCGCCUACUAGAGGAGCACAAGGGGAAGGUGGUGCAGCUGGAAGAACGCGUUGCAAGGGAAAAAAUGCGCUACUCCGUCGCCCUGCGCAACCUGGAGCAAAUCAGCGAGCAGAUCCACACCCAGCGGGGGCGUGUCCGAGCCACCAGGGCCCGCCCCGUAGCCUGCGGUGGGCGGAGCUCCCCAGUGGGGGCGGAGGCUGAGGUCAAAGCUGAGGUCAGGGUUCAGGUUGGAGGAGCC